GCCCCUGCAAGACUCACCUCCCCGGUGAAGUGGUUCCGUCCCGUUAGUCUGACUCCGGUUUGCUCACAGCGGACUACAUGAAGAACAUGCGGAUUAAACACAUUUUAAGAUGAAAUUAGACAAUAAAAUGAACUUUUACCGCCUGGUGAUUCUCUUGGCAGCGUCGGUGUGUGUGUGUGAUGGCGUGCAUGUUGCUGUGCAGGAGAAGCAGCAGAUCAGGAUGCUCUUCCAGUCUGUGGCCCUCCACUGUCAUUACCAAACAGCCUCCAAACAAACUCCGAUGGUGCAUUGGUGGUACAAGUCCUACUGUCGAGACCGAUCAAAAGACUCCUUUAGCCUGCCGGAGAGUCUGGGCAUUAAGACCACCGAUCAGGCAGCCACAGCCCACCUGGACUGUUCCGACAGCAGCCGCACAGUUCGGCUUGUUGCCUCGACUCAAGGAGCCUCCCUGACUCUGGGAGCUCACUACAAAGGCAGAGACAUUUCCAUCGUAAACAAAGCUGACCUUCGUAUUGGGGAGCUGCAAUGGGGCGACAGUGGAGUCUACUUCUGUAAAGUCACCAUCGCUGACGAUCUGGAGGGAAGGAACGAGGACCACAUAGAGUUACUGGUGCUUGGCAGGACAGGUGAGCAGAACGAUCUUCUACCUGAGUUUGAUCUGCAGAUUAUGCCAGAGUGGGCAUUUGUGGCUUGCGUAGCCCUGGGCAGCAUCUUAUUCCUGUUGUUGUGGGGAAUCUGCUGGUGCCAGUGCUGUCCUCACUCUUGCUGCUGCUAUGUCCGCUGCUGCUGCUGUCCCGAUACCUGCUGCUGCCCACGACACUUGUACGAGGCAGGGAAGAUGGCCAAGAGUCAACAGCCUGCUCCGAUUCCUGUGUAUCCAUACUACAUUCCUGGUGUACCUACUGUUGUCCCUCUUGCUCCAUCAUCGCAUCUGGAUGCAAAGAUCUCUACAGUUACAUCAACUGAAAAUAACCUGGCUGGAGUGUGCAGUAGUUACCGACUGACCACGAGCUCAAAUCAGGACUCCAUGAAAGUUCUCUACUACAUAGAGAAGGAGCUGGCUGAGUUUCCACCCAGCAAAAUGCCUUCUCUCAAAUCCAGCAGCAUGUCAGAGCUGAGUUCACUUCACGACGGAGGAAACACAGAUUUCAGGAACAACUAUCAGGCAGUUCAGAUGAAGGCGCUUCCACCUAUCGCGGACCAAGACGACCAAGUGAGACCAGCUCCUCACACUCAGAGUCGACGUUCCAGACAAAACAGAGGCAAUCAGUCAGAUGAUGAACUGGAACGCAGGUGGAAUCCUCGCUCAGAACACCUGCAGAGGAAGACGUUGGGCAGAAGAGGACGCACCGGCUCUCUGGAUGAGCUGGAGGAAUUUGCUCGAUCCUACAGCUCUCGAGCUCGUCGACCUGAACCUCCAGACCGGACUUAUAAGCACGACUACAGCCCUCCCAGAAGGUUCUACCAGGAUGAAGAGGAUGGAUGGGGCCGCCGCAGCCCCUCCCCUUUGCAAAAGAGAAGGGACACAUGGGACAUUGACCGUCCAUCUCGAAGGGCCUUGAGCAAAAGUUAUGAUGACGGCUUUCUCACUAGUGUGCUGGAGAAUAAAGCGAGAGGACGAGGAGGGGACAUGGGGGCUGGGAGACAGGAGGAGGACAGUGACACCCCUUCUAAAGGCAGCUCCAGAGGAAAGGGCAGUGAUAGUUACUACAGCCGGUCACCAAGCAACCGUCCAGAUGACGAGGACCCUCUACCUCCAUACUCGGAGCUGGAGGCGGGGCGUUACCGUAGGGCUGACCCAACCUCAGACCGGUACCGUACAGCAGAUCUACCCAGAUCAGAAAGAACCAGGACCAUUGAGCCCGGCCUGAGGCCCUUCUCCUACACUCGUCCUCACCUGGGAGCCGCUCAGACGCUACAGGGGCUCAGAGAGGAGCGAGACAGGACCCGUAACCUGAGCGCUGCGCUGAGCAGGGAUUCACUCAUAGUGUGAUGAGGCGUUUGCACAGCAGUCCGUUCAUUAAAACUGUCCUGCAGCUACGCAGGAGACACUAACGGUUCCACCACCAGCUGCAUGAAGCCUGGCUCACCUCACUGAAACAAAUAACCUCACUGGGAAUUAAAGAGAAUUACAUGUGCACAAAGAGACCCGUGCUCUGUGGUUAUUAUCUUUGUGAUCAUGCAUUAAUUAUACUUUUGUACUUGUGCAUAUUUUACAGUGUUUGACUCAUUUAUUGACAUAAAACAGUGCCAAGAUACUUAUUAUUAUAUGUUUGUUUGUUUUGGUUGCCAAUAUCAGAAUAGUCUGGUGAAACAAGCGGCCCCCAGUUUUCUGUGACUCAGGAUUACUGUGUACUUUUACAUUCAUUUGCUCUAUUUUGUUACUGUAAGUACUGCACCUUGAAUUUGUUCGUUAUUGCACUGUUUAGAGACUUUUUAAAUAAAUAAAUCUUUUUUGAACCAUUUA